GACAACACUAAAUUUUUUACUUGUCAAAAAGUUCUAAUUAACACGAAUACUGUUGUUUCAUCGCAAAACGUGAAUAAUUCAGUAUUUUGUGCUCCUAAAACAGUUUUAAGUGUCUCUAAUACAAAAUGAUGGACUGCGUAGAAGACAACAACCAAGAUCCUCUGUCAGCACCCACGCCUGCGGUGCCGACAGCAGCGGGAGACUCCAGAGCCGACAAGAAGAAACCUAAUGAGAAUGUCUCCCUAGCUGAUAACAGCUUACUGGUGGACAUAUCAGACGCCCUAAGCGAGAAAGAGAAGGUGAAGUUCACGGUGCACACCAAGACGACACUCCCGGAGUUCCAGAAGUCAGAGUUCCUUGUUGUGAGGCAGCAUGAGGAGUUUGUCUGGCUGCACGACAGAUUUGAGGAGAACGAUGAAUACGCGGGGUAUAUUAUACCCCCGGCGCCUCCGCGACCAGAUUUCGACGCGUCUCGCGAGAAGCUUCAACGUCUGGGAGAGGGAGAAGGUUCUCUCACCAGGGAGGAGUUCCUGAAGAUGAAGGAGGAACUGGAAGACGAGUACCUGGCGACGUUCAAGAAGACGGUGGCGAUGCACGAGGUGUUCCUGCAGCGUCUGGCUGCGCACCCCGUGUUCCGCGGCGACGCGCACCUGCGCGUGUUCCUGGAGUACGAGCAGGACCUGUGCGCCAAGCCGCGCGGCCGCAUACACCUGCUGGGGGGGCUCGUCCGUUCAAUGACGACAACGACCGACGAGAUAUACCUAGGCGCGACCGUUCGUGAUGUGAACGAUUUCUUCGAACAAGAGACUGCGUUCCUCCAAGAAUACUACUCACACCUCAAGGAGGCGGUCGCUAAGGUCGACAGGAUGACUAGCAAGCAUAAGGAAGUGGCAGACGCUCACAUCAAGCUUUCCUCCUGCUUGACCCAACUGGCGACCAGGGAGCAACCACCGACUGAGAGGUUCCUCACAAAAGCCAGUGAAACCUUCGACAAAUGCCGGAAAAUCGAGGGUCGCAUGGCGUCUGACCAAGACCUGAAGCUGGCGGAUACACUGCGCUACUACAUGCGCGACGCACACGCAGCUAAGGCGGUGCUCGUCAGGAGACUCAGAUGUCUCGCGGCGUAUGAAGCGGCGAAUAGAAACCUUGAGAAGGCCCGCGCUAAGAACAAAGAUGUACACGCCGCGGAACAAGCCCAAGCCGACGCGUGUACACGCUUCGAGCAGCUAUCGGCGCGCGCUAGAGAAGAACUGAUCGACUUCCGCACCAGACGCGUCGCUGCCUUCAGGAAGAGCUUGAUUGAUUUAGCGGAACUCGAGAUGAAACACGCACGCGCUCAGCAGGAGCUGUUCAGGAAGUCUCUUAAUGUCCUCAGAGAUUGCGAGUAAAUCCAAGGUCAUACUCAUCUCCCUAGCAUCAUCCCGUUUUUCACAGGGCCGCUUACCUAACUUGAAGUAACAGGUCAGGUUUUUUACAAAAGCCUGCCUUUCUGACCUUCCACUUCAGCGGUGUAACAUAACAACGCGAGGAAACCCACAUUCCCGAGAAAUGUUUUUCGAAGGUAUGUGACCUAACCUGUAUUGGGCUGGUUUCCCUUCGCGGGUUGGAAGGUCAGACAGGCAGUCGCUUCUGUAAAAAAACCGGACCUGUCAAAUCUUCAAGUUAGGUAAGCGGAUCCUGUAAAAAAUGGGAUAGCGGUAGGGAAGAUGAUGUCUCCUCCUUAAAUUAAUUUUAAGUUGUGUAUGAAUGAAUGGAGGAUGUAACAAGGUAUGCCAAAAUAAACAAUAAUGUUAAAAAUGUAUAGAAAGAUUGAAUUUACGAGACACAGAGGUGCUGAUUUCAGUACGGUCACGAGCAUUAAUAUGUAUACACUUUGGUACCAUGUCACAUUAACUUUUUUGACAAAUUGAACUGUAAGUCUCACUAAAUGUCAAAUAUGUUAGUGCGACAGAGUCCUAAAGUGGGUACAUAAUAUUGCUCAUGACUGUACACACCACCUUAUUUUAUUUUAAGUUAUACCUGUCAUUGUCUUAUCCGCCGAAAAGGAAAGGGACGGGUAAUCGACGGGCAUAAAAUUUAUGGAACACACGUCAAUUCAGAAAUUUUAAAACCCCUUCCAAAAUUUUAUAUUGGUCUAUCAUCAUCAUCGGCCGAUUUCAGACAAUUUAUGACGUCAUUGCCUCGGUCUAUAACCCGACAGAAUUAAGUUGACCACACACGUCAAACGGGUUGUAUAUAGGUUUAUUUAUUCAAUUUAAAAUUAAGUUGUCAAUCAUCCGUCCCUUUCCAUUUCGGUGGAUAAGAAAGUGACGGGUAUAACUUAAAAUAAAAUUAGGUGUCUGCAGGAAUCGGGCCCAUAGCAUAGUUAUAAUUAAAUAUAAUUUAUGUAAUCAUAAUCUAGUAAUCUUAGCUCACCUUGCGAUAGAUGUAUCUGGCUACCCCAAUUGGGGUACAGUCGUGGGCUUAUAUUAUGUUAUAAUAUAAUUGAAUAUACAUUGUUUUACGUUUACGCGGUUAUUAUUAUAAUUAAAACACAUAAUAACGGGUUCUUACCGCGUUUGAAAUAGGGAUAUGAGACUCCCGAUAUUUCGACACUGUCGCAAGUGCCAUGAGUCUCAUAUCCCUGUUUUAAACGCGGUAAGAACCCGUUAUUAUGUGUUUUAAUUAUGAUAAUUGAAUAUGUCUGAAAUGUAUACUGUAGUUAAUUUUAAGUUAACGACUUUGUUCGUUUUUGCCCCAGAGAAAUUAUAGACGGAAGUUGGUAGUUGUUAUAAUUAAAGCACAUAAUAACGGGUUCCGGACUCCCGAGUCUCAUAUCCCCAUUUAAACGCUGAAAGAACCCGUUAUUAUGUGCUUUAAUUAUGAUUGGUAGUUGUUGUUGGAAGUUGUUGUUGUGGGCAUGGAAUAAGGGAUAAUCCUACGUAUAGAACGGCAACUCUCCGCUCCCCACCAGCGUCUGAGCUAGGUUUACCACCGUCGUGCUUUUGACUUUACAGUCAUGAGCAAUAUCAUGCACCCACUUUAGAACCCUGUCGCACUAUCAUAUUUGACAUUUAA